GGCGCGUGUCCCCGCUCGAGGGGCGGCCGGGCGAGGGAGCGCGCCGAAGAGCUGCUGGCAGCCAGCGGGCAAAGUCGGAGGAGGAAGGAAGGUUGGGGUGGCGCAGGCUUUUGGCCCCCGUCUCCUCCCGUCCCUCCGCCCCCCCUUUGCAUAUUCUGCCCGGGGAGACGGAGCGGAGCGGGGGCGCCAUGCAGGCGGAGUCGGGGAUCGUGGCGGACUUCGAGGUGGGCGAGGACUUCCACGAGGAGCCCAAGACCUACUAUGAGCUCAAGAGCCAGCCCCUCCCGCGCAGCAGUUCUGAGCACCCUGGAGCUUCGAAGCCUCCACUAAGCUCCUCCAGUAUGACAUCACGGAUUUUGCUACGACAGCAGCUCAUGCGUGAGCAGAUGCAGGAGCAAGAGCGCCGAGAGCAGCAACAGAAACAGCAAGCCGCCCAGUUCAUGCAACAGAGAGUGGCAGUGAGUCAGACACCAGCCAUCAACGUCAGCCUCCCAGCAAGCCAUCCUCCUGCUACUCAGGUACCAAUGGAAGUCCUUAAGGUGCAAACUCACCUGGAAAACCCUACCAAGUAUCACAUCCAACAAGCUCAACGGCAACAAGUCAAACAAUACCUCUCCACAACGUUAGGUAACAAGCACACCAACCAGGCGCUAAGUUUACCAUGCCCAAACCAGCCAGGUGAACAUGUUAUGCCUCCAGGCACAGGAAGCAGCGCACCCAACAGCCCCAUGGCCAUGCUUACGCUCAACUCCAACUGUGAAAAAGAGGGCUUUUAUAAAUUUGAAGAGCAAAACAACCGUGCAGAAAGUGAAUGUCAAACUCUGAAUACGCAUUCUAGAGCAUCAUGCAUGCAGAUGGAUGAUGUAAUUGAUGACAUAAUAAGUUUGGAAUCAAGUUACAAUGAAGAAAUCUUUGGUUUAAUGGAUCCUGCACUACAAAUGGCAAACACGGUACUCAAGUUACCUGUAUCUGGCAAUCUUGUAGAUCUAUAUAGCAACCAAGGCAUGCCUCCCCCAGGCCUCAAUAUCAGCAACUCGUGUCCUGCUAACCUUCCUCAUGUAAAAAGGGAACUUACAGCAUGUGUAUUUCCCACAGAGUCAGAGGCAAGAGCAUUGGCCAAAGAGAGGCAAAAGAAAGACAAUCACAAUCUAAUUGAACGAAGAAGACGAUUCAAUAUUAAUGAUCGCAUAAAAGAACUUGGCACUUUGAUACCCAAGUCAAACGACCCGGAUAUGCGUUGGAAUAAGGGAACUAUUUUAAAGGCCUCUGUAGACUAUAUCCGCAAGUUGCAAAGAGAACAACAACGUACUAAAGAACUAGAGAACAGACAAAAGAAACUGGAACAUGCCAACAGACACCUCUUGCUCAGAAUACAGGAACUUGAGAUGCAGGCUCGAGCACAUGGACUUUCCAUCAUCCCAUCUACAGGCCUUUGCUCACCAGAAAUGGUCAACCGGCUUAUCAAGCAAGAGCCUGUCCUUGACAACUGCAGCCAAGAGAUCUUGCAGCAUCACCCUGACCUAUCUUGCACAACCACACUCGACCUUACAGAUGGCACUAUCACUUUCAAUGACAGCCUGGCAAACGUGACUGAGUCAACCGCUGGCACUUACGCUGUUCCAACAAAAAUGGGAUCCAAACUAGAAGACAUCUUGAUGGACGAUACCCUCUCUCCCGUCGGGGUUACUGACCCGCUCCUUUCAUCAGUCUCUCCUGGAGCUUCAAAAACAAGUAGCCGAAGGAGCAGUGUGAGCAUGGAAGACACCGACCAUGCUUGCUAGUGGAUAUAAUUAGAAAGCCCUUCCAUGAACUUCUUCAUUUCUUGAUCAGUAGAUUAAGUAUUUGGCUUUGUUUUUGUUUUUUCUUAAUAACAACUAUCUUUUAAUAUAAAUCUUCAGAUAGCCCAGUGUAUGUGACUUUUUUUAGGAAAAAAAUGUUUGAAGAGACUUGUAUAUUCUGUUUGAAAACUACCAAUGCUUCCACAAUAUUGUACUGCAUCUGUGAACCAGAUUCAACAGGAACUCCAAACGAGUUCAUGUCUACUUGAAAGCAAUAGAGAUCAACCGAUCCACAAGUCCAUGAUCCACUAAAAGUGACACUUCAUUAUAACUACAGUGAAAACCCAUUGACUUGGAAAGAAAACAUAGACGAAUGUAAAGAAGCCAAAAACAAAUUAGCUAUUUUGUGUUGAUUUAAUAGUGCCUCUUUUAAACUUAUAGUACAUGUUAAUCCACGUUACUCUUUCCCACAGCGUAAGAUAUAAUAUAUAUAUAUACAUAUAUAUAAACAGGCCAUCUGUACAGAAACUGAUUCUGAUUAAAGUACAAGCUAAAAAUGAAGAGAGGUACACAGAGAGAAAUUCCAUGAUAUUAAAAUUUGUAUUAUUAUUUUUUGCUCUGUAAUAAGCAUCCUUCUAAAUCAUGUUUGAACCUUUUUUUUCUUUUUUCUUUUUCUUUUUUAAUAAGAACUCACUCCUAGUUAUGGUAUGGAAUCUAUACUGGUAUUUUACCCAUAUAAGACUGAUGAAUAUUUCAAGCUCUUAACCAAUAUUUCUUUUGUUUUGUUUUCCAUCAAUUGGACAUAACCAAUUGGUGUCUUCUUUUUAAAAAAAAAUGCAUUGUAAAGUUAUCUGAUUUGCAUGGAUUUUUUCAGUUAUUUUUCAUUCAGAGUACAUUUGUGUUUUAUUUGUAAGAAAAUGCCUCUAGUUAUUGUGACAAUUUUUUCUGACAUUUUCAGCCCUACUGAAAGGGUUGGUUUGCAUUCUUGGUACGCACUUCAAAGCAAGAUAAUUUUUUUGUGCAGAUUCCUGUCUUUUCAAGAGUGGUUUUGUGACUAUUUUGUAUAUUACAGUUUCAUGUAGAAGAAAUGUUUUGACACAUCUUUAAAUCAUAGUACAGAUUUAGUCUAGUUAACAAACUGAAACUCUGCAUAAAAUAAAAAUGGGAGGGAUAAACCCCCAUUGCAAUUUAACAUAUUUAUUUUUAAUGAUGCAGGACAAAUAGUAAUGUGUUUGAAAACAUUUUUGCUAUUUCCUUUAGUGUACUGUUACAUUUUUCAGCAAUGGAAACUGAUUAUAUUUGCAGGUGACUGUUACUGAUGCUGUCAAAUUUAACCAUGCAACAGUGUUAUCACGUAAGAGCAUGUUCUCUGUGCAUUAUCUACUCCAGCAUAGUCCUAUGCAAUAACAGUAGUGACAAGUGUAAUAUUAUUAUUAUCAUGCCUAAAUAUGUUAUACAGUGGUGGCGUGCGUCUCAGCAGUUGGACAAGUGACUAACUUCUACCAUAAGGAACACGCCCAGUUGACUUGCAGAUGGCAGGGAAGCAUAUAUCUCAUUCGGAAUGAAGUGCCUUAAAUUUAUUGAAGUUUCUGUGAACUAGCACUGACUGAUGUGUGACUUAAGAGAAGUUUGGGAAUGGAGAGGGGAGAGAACUGUUGUUGGGGUGGAGUAUUGCCCUCAUGUCCUGAAGGAGCAGCUUCCUUUUCUCCACCUCAGUCCUAUGUGGUAACUCUGGAAAUAUAUCUUGAAGUACUUGAUUCCAUAACCAGGAUCCAAUGUUGAACUCUGUCUGGAUUUCACUCCUUCCACCAAAAUCGGCAAUCCUCUCUUCCAUUUGCAGCCAUCCCACCAUGUAACCUAUAAACCUACUCCAUGAAGCUGAGAAAUCAUCUGGUUUUUUUAACUGUGGACAGCUGCAGAAGGAGGCAGAAGGGGGGAAAGCCCUGUUCUGUUGAUGAUGGAUACCAAAGGACACUGUUGGUUUUAGACCCUUAUCUGUGCAAGCUUUCCUUACAUGGUCAGGAAACCUGAGCUAAGGGCAACUGAUAAGUUCCCAGAUUGUUAGUCUGAAACAGUGAUCAGAGUGUGGUUAGUAGAUGAAAGCAAAGAGCUACUGCAUAAUUUGAUUUUACAAAACAUCCUUGGAAACCAUUAAACACCAAAUUGUGCUCCCUUAUAUUGUACUGCCGAUGGUGGAAGCAGGUCCUGGACCUAGUCUCCUUUUGCAGCUCUCUCUAUGGAUUUGUUGGAGGAAACAAAAAUAGCCAGAGGCAGGAACUCUGGCUUUAAAUAAUAGGAAGAUUUUUUUUUCUUAACUGCAAAGAUAUCUUCCAACCCGCUAAGUACCCAAGAAGUAAUGUUUUUCUUUGUUCACGAUUGACUGAGCACUGAUAAUUGUUAUGGAUGAAUGUUGCUAUUAUAGGUGUCCAUAUUUGAACUGUGUUUUUGCCACAAUGCCAGGUUGACUUAUCUUCACAGCAGACCUUCAACUUUCUGUAGGAAUAACUGUUUGCCCACCAGGAUCCAUGUUCUAAGGCUUAGUGAUCAGCCGGUGGGUAGGUAUACACUAUUUGCAAGAAACAUGAUGGAUUUUUAACUGGGGGAAGGAUAUUGGAUUCAUCUCCCCAACUCCACCAUCACAAUAUGGGAGAAUUGGGUUCAAACACUAACCCAUGCAUCCAUAAUUCUUCUUCCACUAAACCUUGGUCCUUAAUAAUACAAGUGGCCUCUCUCUUCAGAAGUAAAGUAAAAUAAAAGAUUAGGUAAGAUUGGAUUGGAUGGAUCCACCAUUUCACGAAUACACAACUGUCGAUCUGUGGAGCCGUUUUAAUAAAAACGGGGCCCGUUGGGAGCAACAAACCAGGGUUCCAUUCUGCAGUGUUUCAAAUCAAGAAAUACAGGCUAAUAUAUUGUUCAAUUCCUAGUAGGAAUUAUCCAUACCUUGUAACACAAUUCAAGGCAUACUCUGCCACAAAACAUUUGGAAACACCACCAAAUUGAGAUCUGACUUGGAAUAUUAUGUAGGAGCCAUAUUUUCUGUUCUUAAAUUACUAGACUUCACAGGCUUUAUCAUCAUAUCCUGCAGUCACCUUUUCUCUUUGGUUUUGUAUUUUCCACCAAACUCUGUUUGGGUUUUCUCCUCCUGGAACCUCUAUGUUUUAAAAUUUUCAAUUCACCUUCUUGCAAAUCUAUUGGAGGAAAGCAGGUAUUAAGCAUUGCAAUGGAAAUUUUCAGAUAUGGUUUUAUUUAUUUAUUACUACAUGGAACCAUGGCCACAAAACUGGCAGGAUUUAAUGCUAGGUGCAUCUGCAGGGGAAAGGCAACCAACUUACCUGAUGUGUGGUCAGGCAUUAUGCAAAGCAUCACAUGUUCACACUGCAGUGACUAAGUGGCCCCCCAAAAUAGCCCAAAUGCCAAAAAUAGAAGCAAGUCAUGGAACACCCAGGUACACUGUGUACCUAGCAAUUUUCACUUUUGCCAAAAACAUGUCAGAUAUCUUAGUGCCAUGAACAUCUUCCUUACAACGUUUAGAUAGAUAGGUAGAUAAAGCAAUAUUAACUCCAAUGCCUAUAAAGCCUUUAGGAAGCAUAUGAGGAAAAAUAAAUAAAGCACAAAAUAAUGCACUUAUCGUAUUUUUGGACAUAAAAUGCACUGGUGAAAAAAUGGAAAUUGAUGGUAUAAAAGGCCUUUGUAUCUUGAAAAAGUGACAUGAACUACUGCCUCUUGUUCUGGAUGCUUAGUACCAUGCUGUUAUUGAUCUUUUCACCUGCUGUUGGCCACAGCAAUAAGUUGUGUAUGAUCCAUCGCACUGUAAAUUAUGGGUCAAUAUUAAUGUAAGCCUAUUAAAUAAUUUGGUCUGUUCCUAAUAGAUGGAUUAAAGUGUUUGGUUUUUCAUA